UUUGCAUUUCAAAGCCGCCAAAGUAACAAGUAUCUUGCAGUUAUCCAUUCAGUUGGGCGACUAUAAAAAACACAAGACUCCAUCAAAUUUUGUUAAAAACUAGUGAAAAGGUCUUUUCAAAAAGCAAAAAAAGAAAAACCAACAUGGAGGCCCCAAAUGGAGACCUGUACACCCUGGAGGCUAACCUGGCGAGCAAAGCGCUCCGGGAACUGACAGAUGGCGCUGACAAGGAUCCCAUUACCAAGCUGCGAUUGCUCUGCUUCAGUCGCGGAGCAACAGGCAUUUUGGGACUGGGCAGGGCCUUUCGGGCGAUGGACGACGAUGGCAGCAAGGCGCUCAACGAGGAGGAGUUCAUCACCGGCAUUAGGGACACGGGCUUGGACGUCACGGAGGAGGAGAUCAAGCAGAUGUUUGCCACAUUCGAUGAGGAUGGCAGUGGAUCCAUCAACAUGACCGAGUUCCUACUCAAAUUAAGGCCUUCAAUGCCGCAGAGUCGCCUCAACAUUAUCGAUCAGGCCUUCGACAAAAUGGAUCGAGAUGAUGAUGGUGUUAUUACCAUUCAAGAUCUAAAGAAUGUGUACUCUGUCAAAGAGCAUCCGAAGUACCAGAGUGGGGAAAAGUCUGAGGACGAAAUCCUCACCGACUUUCUGCAUAAUUUCGAGGGAGGUCGUGGCAACCUGGAUGGCAAGAUAACCCGCGAGGAGUUUGUCAACUACUAUGCCACCAUAAGUGCCUCAAUUGACAACGAUUUGUACUUUGAUCUGAUGAUGCGUCAGGCCUACCGCAUGUAAUUAGUGCACAAAAUUCACUAAAACACAAGGACUUCACUCUGAAAUCUCAAUUACUUGACUUGCCUAGAAUUUAGUCCAGCUCAUAAUCCUAUUUAUACACAGCUCAGAGCACAAAUAAAAUCGUCUGGUUGCAAUUAAAUAAAUCUCAAUGUAAACUCCGCAUGGGCAAAGUUCCAAUUGCAGAAAAACUAA